UCGACCGCACUUGGGUUGUGUCAGGUUAGGUUGGGAUCGUCCAGACUUGGGCCGGGAGCGGGCGGCAGGUGGGUCGGGGCCGGGCUGCAGGGACCUGGUGAGACCACAUCUGGAAUAUUGUGUACAGGCCUGGUCUCCCGACCUGAGGAAGAACGUACAUGUGAUACAGGGAGUCCAACGAAGGUUCACCAGAUGGAUUCCUGGAACGCCGGGUUUGUUCUGGGAGGAGAGGUUAAUCAGUCUCUGGAGUUUAGGAGAAUGAGAGGCCCAUUGGAACAUGCAAACUUCUUAGUGUUUGGCAGGAUAGAGCUCAACGUCAGCAAAACUAAAGAGCCGAUGGUUGACUUCAGGACUGGGAAGGAGGGCGAACAGGCGCCAGUCUACGUUGGCAGACCGGCGGUGGAGAGGGUCAGCAGCUUUAAAUCCCUGGGCAUUAACAUAUCGGACGACCUGUCCUGGGCCCAGCACGUAGACGCGGUCACAAGGAAGGCGCGCCAGCGUCUUUACUUCCUUAGGAGAUUAUGGAGGUUCAGCUUGUCACCGAACAUUCUAACAAGCUUCUACAGAUGUACUGCUGAAAGUCUACUGACUGGUCGCAUCAGGGUCUGGGACGGCGAUUCAAAUGCGCAGGACCGCAAAAAGCUGCAGAGAGUAGCGGACUCUGCCCAAUACAUCACGGGCACAUCCCUCCCCACCAUCGGGAGUAUCUACAGGAGGUGCUGCCUCAAGAAGGCAACGUUCAUCAUCAAAGAUCCCCGCCAUCCGGGCCGUGCCGUCUUCUCACAGCUCCCGUCGGGCAGGAGGUACAGAAGCCUGAAGACCCCGCACCACCAGGUUCAGGAACAGCGACUUCCCUUCAACCAUUCGGCUCUUGAACUGACCGGCACAACCCUAAUCUCUAGAGUUUAACAACACUUUGCAUUAAAAUGGACUUCUUUUGUUCUAAUUGUGUUUUUUCUCUUGUAAAUAGCAUGCAUUGGUAUUGGUUUAUUAUUGUCACUUGUACUGAGGUACAGUGAAAAACUUGUCUUGCAUACUGAUCGUACAGGUCAAUUCAUUACACAGUGCAGUUACAUUGAGUAUGUAUAAGUUAUGUUUUUCUUGUGAAUGCUGCUUAUCUGAUGCUCUGUGUCCGUGACGCUGCUGCAGGGAAGUUUUACGUUGCACCUGUCAAUUUGACAUUGCCUUUAGAUGCAGGGCUGGUGAGUCCAGCACCUGAGGCCAUGGUCUCAGAAUACUCAGUCAACCGUUCAGGACAGAGAUGGAGAGAAACCUCCUCACCCAGAGCAAGGGGAAUCUGCGCAAUUCUCUCCCCAGGGGAUAUCGAUAUGAAAGGAAUGGAGAGACGCUGGGUUACAGCAGGAGAGUGACACUGAGGUCAAAGAUUAGCCACGAUCUUAUUAAAUGGGGGAGCAGGUAUAAAAGGCUGAGUGGCCUCCUCCCAGUUCUGUGAUGCUCUCCCAUCACCAUCCCACUGGACAAGAAUCCUCAGGACCUGCCUGUUCCACAGAGCUUCCCCCCUGUCUACGGACCCUCCUCUGUGAACACCACACCUUUCCGCUGCUUGUGCACUUGGUCCUGGUCCAGCCACAUAGAAAGCUCACCAGCGCCUCCACUUCCUCAGGGGGCUAAGGAAAUUCGGCACGUCCCCAUCGACCCCUCACCAAUUUUUACAGAUGCACCGUAGAAAGCAUCCUAUCGGGAUGCAUCACGGCUCGGGACGGCGACGGCGAUGUGCUGGACAUCUCCAUCGAUUCUGUCUGCACUUCCUUCUGCCUCGGGAAAGCAGCCGACGGAA